AUAAAAAGGAGUUCCUGGAGAACUAAAUGGUUUUAGACUGAACAGUGAUAAAACAGUGACCACUUAUACUCAUACAUGGUUUCUGCUACACAGACUCAUUCAGAGGUUACAAACAUUUAUUGACAUUGUCUUCAGAAUGAACAAGAAAACUACACUGGACAUUGUCUGCUACACCAUCAUUGUUCUCUUAGGCACCACUGGGAACUCUCUGGUCGUCUGGGUUGCCGGCGUCCGUAUGAAACCCAGCAUCACCAACGUAUGGCUGAUCAACCUCGCCGUGGCUGACCUGAUCUUUUGCGUGACACAAAUGACCUCUCUUAUCAACAUUUUCAUUGGCUACUGGCCAUUUGGAACAUUUAUCUGCAAGUUAACUGGCUUUUUAAAUUAUGCCAACAUAUUCUGCAGUGUUUUUCUUCUGGCUGUCAUCAGUGUGGAUCGAGUGAUCUGUGUGUGGUGCCCAAUAUUUGCCAGGAGGAAACGGACUUUAUAUGCUGCUCGUGUGGUCAGCUUGGGGGUUUGGAUUGUGGCAGGGAUCUUCAGUGUACCAAACUUUGUCUUUUGGAAGGUCCACACUGUUCAGAACAACAGCAAGUGCUUAAUGAAGGAAAAACUAAUUGUCAAUGAUGGAUAUUCAGCAAAGUAUGCUUACUACUUAAUUCGCUUCUUUUGUGGAUUUCUGUUUCCUUUCCUGGUGAUCUUCAUCUGCUACACACUGGCUGCUAUUGGGAUUCGAAGAACGAGAUUCUCCGGCAAAUCAAGGUCUCUCCCGAUUCUUGUUUUAUUGGUUUUUGCAUUUUUCUUAUGCUGGGCACCUUUUCACAUACUACGUCUUUGUAAGCUAAUAAAUCAAAACAAGACAUAUGUGAGAUGGCAUACGGCUUCAAACCUAGCCUAUUUUAACAGCUGUCUAAACCCAAUGUUGUACUUCUUUAUGGGACUGAAUCUCAGGCGACGCAGCGGUCAAAGCCUGUUAGGGAUUUUUCUCAAAGCUCUUACUGAAGAAAGCCAAAAUCUGUCACAGAAGAUGAAGGAACGUUCAGUUGGGCCUUCAUCACAAGAAAUAAAAACUGUGUCAUCGCAGUGUUAAGUUACUUUUAGAUACAGAUUUUAAACGAUUG